AUGAAAUCUUUGAAAUCAAAACCGAGAAAGUCUUGCGUGAAAAUAUUUAGCCCAUGCAGUAAUCGACCAAGAAAAAGAGGUUCAAAAGAUCAAUGCGAGAAAUCAGAGGUCUUGAAAAACUGUACACCUACAAAAUGUGUAAAAAUCAAUCCCGCCUACGGUGCAGAUGAGUUAGAAGAAAUUGUUACACAAGCAGAAGGAGAAGUUCCCCAUGGAAGUUUUUCUCAAUAUCCUAAUGACCGAAGCCCAAAUGAUAUUCUUCCACAAAAUGGCCAUGAAUGUGAAAGUGAAACUGAGAACAUUUCAUCUCAUUUCUUGCACAAAGAAAAUGAAAGAAAUCAUGUAAAUAAUAAGGAUAGAUUUGUCAGUACACACAAAACAGAGGCAACUAUUUCAAAUUUCAAGAAAAUUGCAAACUCAGGUCCAACUUAUGUCUGCUCGUGUUGUACACAAACAUGGUUCAGAGAAGGUGUGAAAAAUGCAAAUACUUUGCAGAAAGGAGGAAUUGCUAAUAAGUGUUUAUUAGGCAUCAAAAGUGAAGUAGACAUUGAAUGGGUUUGUCAUACCUGUCACAGGCUCCUACAACUUAGGAAAAUACCCCCUUUUGCAGUUGUGAAUGGGUUUCGUUUUCCGGAAAUACCUUCAGAAUUGAAAUUAACAGAAAUGGAGGAACGAUUAAUUAGUCCACGUAUUCCAUUUAUGCAGUUGAUGGAAAAACCAAGAGGAGGGCAAAAGAGCUUGCGCGGGAAUGUUGUUAAUGUCCCGUCUGAUGUGAAUAAAACCAUCAAAUCUCUACCACGCACACUUGCAGAAACGGAAACUAUUCAAGUAAAAUUGAAGCGAAAAAUGCAAUUCAAACACCAUGUGUAUCAUGAGUCAGUAAGACCUCUCAAAUGCCUUGUUGCCCUUCACUGGCUUUUAAGAAACAGUGAAAUAUUUCAAAGUGAAGGAAUUACAGUCAGAGAAAAUUGGAAUAUUUUGGAAGAACAAAGAGACUGGUAUGGUUAUAAUGAUGAUUCUAUGCCAAAUACCUCUCAACCUAAUGAGACAGAAAUGAGGGAGACAAGUGAAUAUGAUGAUGUAUGGACAGAGGAUGAAAAUUUUGAAAAUAGACUCACAGGAAAUACAGACACCCUGUUACAUCCUGUUGAUGUGAGAUCUUCUCAGAAAAUCUUGUCAUUUGCCCCUGGUGAAAACCAAACACCCCUCGGUUUGUACCAAGAUCCUAAUGCUGAAUACCUGGCAUUUCCUACCAUCUAUUGUGGCCAACCACGUCCUUCAAACAAAGACAGAAUGGUUCCAGUUACCUAUAGCUCUAUUUGCAAAUGGGAAUUGAGAUCUCGAGACAGAAGAGCAGCAUGUUCCAUGCCUAAUUUGUUUUUCAAACUUAAAAAGGUGCAAAUCAAGCAAAUACAAGACAAAGUUACCCUGGCAAUGAGGAAAUGUAAAAAUGAAGGGAAAAAAAUAACAGCUGGACAUGUAUUAAAUCCAGGUACAUUUGACAAUAUUGUAAGACUAAAUGAAGGGUAUAGAGUUUUGAGGACGUUGAGGGGUUCGCCUGCAUAUUGGGAAGGUGCAAAAAAAGAUGUAUUCGCUAUGAUCAGACAGUUGGGCAUUCCUACUUGGUUCUGCUCCUUUUCUGCCGCCGAGACAAAAUGGAAGAAUUUGCUUCAAAUAUUAAACAAAGGCUUGAACAACACAGAUCUGUCUGAAAAAGAUGUUGAUGAAUUGUCAUGGAUUGAAAAAUGUGAACUCAUAAAAAAGGAUCCUGUAACUUGCUCCAGGUAUUUUGACCACAGAUUCAAGAUGUUCAUGUCUCACGUUCUGAAAGGAAAUGCUCAACCUUUAGGAAAAAUAGUUGACUAUUUCUAUCGUGUUGAGUUUCAACAGAGAGGAUCUCCUCAUAUCCAUCUUUUACUUUGGAUUGAAAAUGCUCCUAUUUAUGGUCAUUCAACAAAAGAAGAUGUACAAAACUUUAUUGACAAACAUUCAACUUGUUUCCAGAAUGAUGACAUUGCAGAACUUGUAAACUAUCAAACACAUCGACAUGCACGGACAUGCAAGAAAGGCGGUAAAAACAUUUGUCGAUUCAAUUUCCCAUUGCCUCCCAUGCCAGAGACACUUGUUCUUGAACCUCUCACUGAAGAGUAUUUUGAAAAAAAUCCCAGUGUACAGCAGGAUUUUCAAAAAAUAUGUGAAAUUAUGAAUGAUGUGCAAUUAUUGCAGUCCCUCAAAACUUUCACUGAUUUCUUACAGAAGUUAGAAAUGACAAAGGAGAGAUAUAUCUUAGCAAUAAGGUCAUCUUUGAAGUCAUCAAAGGUAUAUUUGAAACGAGAAGUAUCAGAAACCAGAAUCAACUCAUAUAAUGACACCUUGCUAAGGUCUUGGGAAGCAAAUAUCGAUGUUCAAUUUAUUCUGGAUGGAUAUGCUUGUGCAGCGUAUAUCGUUUCUUAUAUAUCAAAAUCUCAGAAAGGCAUGUCGAAUUUGCUGCAUGAUGCAUGUGAAGAAGCCAGAAAGGGCAAUUUUUCUUUGAAACAGCAAGUUAGACAAAUAGGAAACAAAUUCUUAACUCAUGUUGAAAUUUGUGCCCAAGAAGCUGCAUAUUUGUUAUUGCAAAUGCCUCUCCGAUCCAGCAGUAGAACUGUCAUUUUCAUCAAUACAAGUGAACCAGGAAAUCGCACUUUCUUACUGAAGUCUUUUGAAGCUCUCCAAGAGUUACCUGAAAAUUCUACAGAUAUUGAAACAGACAACUGGAUUAAACGCUACCAAAGAAGACCAAGAGUUUUACAAAAUUCAUGUUUAGCUGAUUUUGUAUCAAAAUUUGAUGUUAUUAGGCCCCCAAAAGAAAAACAACACACGGACACUGAUGUCUUGCCAGAAGAUGAUUUUGACGAGGUGAAUGAUGAUGAUUCACAGGAAAAUGAUUGUUUGAAUCAUGAGAAUGAAAGAGAGUAUCCAAUGAAUGAUGGGUCUAUACUGAGAUUAAGAAAAACAAGCAAGAUAAUAAGGUAUGUGCACUACAAUAAAGAACAAGAUACAGAGAACUAUUACAGAGAGCAGCUCAUGCUUUUUUACCCCUGGAGAAAAGAGGAGGAAGAUCUGAAAGGAAGCCAUGGUUCUUACGAGUUAUGUUACCAAGAACACGCUGAAAUAGUUUUGAAAAACAAACUGCCGUAUGAAAUGGACAAUGGUAUAACCAAUGUAAUUGAAGAAAAUAUGGAUCAUAUUGCUUGUGGUAUGGAACACAUUGUUGCUGCAGAAAUACAACACAGUGAAGCAAUAGAUACUGGUGAUGAUGAAAAUGUUUGUCCAGAUUAUGGUUGUUUCAAUCCUGACAUGGCUGGUGUUGAAUAUGACUUGGGGAUGGAUUUGGGCAUAACAAGAAAACAAGUGGAGAAGAAUGACGUUUUAGUGAAUUCCAUGGAUAACACUGAAUACAAUGCCCUUGUGAGAACACUGAAUAAUAAACAGAAGAUUUUCUUUUAUCAUGUUCUGCACAAAGUCAAAAGUGAUGAUUUACCAAUUUAUUGCUUUUUAACGGGAGGAGCUGGUGUAGGUAAAAGCUUAUUGACAACAUGCCUUUUUCAAGCCAUUUCACGUUUCCUGUCAAAGCGCAUUGCAGAAAAUUGUGAUGAGGUGAAAGCUGUGUUAUGCGCACCAACUGGUAAAGCAGCAUACAACAUAGGAGGUCAUACAAUACACUCCCUUUUCUGCAUUCCAGCAAAUCAAAAUCUGAAAUACAAACCUCUAGAUGUACAGCAACUUGACAGAAUGAGAGUAAAGUUUAAAAGUCUAAAAAUUGUCUUUAUUGAUGAAGUUUCUAUGGUUGGAAAUAGAAUGUUCAAUUUUAUAAAUUUGAGACUUCAGGAAAUUUUUGGAAAAGACAGCCCUUUUGGAGGAGUAAGCAUCAUAGCAAUAGGGGAUUUAUUUCAACUGAAGCCAGUGUUUGAUGGUUGGGUGUUUGAGAACAUUUCUGAUGGGUAUGGGCCACUUGCACUUAAUCUUUGGACUGACCUAUUUGAAAUAUAUGAAUUGACAGAAAUAAUGAGACAAAAAGAUGACCAGGACUUUGCAAAGUUGCUUAACAGACUUCGAGAAGGUGCACAUACUGCAUCAGAUAUUGACAUGCUGAAAACCAGAAGUUGCAACAAGACAGACAUUCAAGAUAUGAAUUUUAUACCACAUUUAUAUACAACGAAUGUGAAGGUGAAUAGUCACAAUGAUGAAGCUUUUGCAAAUGCCUCACCUGAAAGUAAAUGUAUUGUAUUGGCAUUAGACACAGUGACUGGCGAUGUUACAAGUGAAAUCAAAUCAAAGAUACUCAGUCAAGUGCCUGAUGAUCCUUCAAAAACAAUGGGAUUAUUCAAAGAGUUACCUUUAGCAAUUGGACACCCUGCAGAAAUCUGCAUAAAUGUUGAUGUGGAAGAUGGCCUAACAAAUGGUAGUCCCUGCAUUGUCAAAAAUUUAGACUUCAGAAUUGCAAGUUCCAGCAGAUGUAGCAUAGUUUGGGUUUUGUUUGAUGACUCAAGAACAGGAUAUGCUGCGCGAGUAAAAUACAGGCAUUUGUACAAUGAGCACAUACCAAGUCCUUGGACACCUGUUCUUGAAGUGUCAAAGAAAUUCACUGUUGGAAGACAUAAAUCUUGUCAUGUAACUAGACGACAAUUUCCAUUACGCCUGGCAUGUGCCAAAACAAUCCACAAAGCUCAGGGAUCCACUCUUAAACAUGUUGCAUUAGAUUUGGGAACUCGAAAGCAAGAGCAUAUGCAUUAUGUUGGAUUAAGUCGAGUAAGAAAGUUAGAAGACUUGUUCAUCCUGAAUUUGAAUGACACCAAAAUUGCUGUGUCAGAACAAGUCAUGCAGGAAAUGAAUCGCUUGCGUCUUGAAGCCCCUUUAUGGGGAUGUUUACCAAUACUUGAGAAUUUGACGUCAGAUGUGAAAGUAAUAUAUCACAACAGCAGAUCUCUGCAUUUGCAUCAUAAAGAUUUGAUGACAGAACAAAAUAUGCUUUCUGCUGACAUCAUUGCAAUUUCUGAAAGUAGACUAAAAUCAAGUGACAAGAAUGAAGACUACAAAUUGCCAGGUUUUACUAUUCAUCGUUUUGAUUCAAGCACACAAAAUGAUAAAGAAAGACCUCAUUAUGGAUUAGUUGUUUAUUCCAGAAAACCUUUGAAAAACAUCAAAAAUCUGUGUUUAUGUGGCAUUGAAAUGGUCAUAUGCUCUACUCAGACAAAAGAUGAAAAUGUCCAGUUGGUCUUCUUUUACUGUCCACCAAGGUUUGCAACAAUCAAAAACUUCCACCUCUGUAUGACCUCCCUUCUGUCUUUGAGUUUGUUGGAUAUCAUGAAACCUGUUGUUCUGAUGGGGGACACAAAUAUUGACUUAUUUUCCCAAAAAGAACAACAAUUAUUGGAAAAGACAAUGGAUGUUCCACUACUUCAAAUAAUGCAUAGUUCGACUACAGAUUAUGGUAGUUGUUUGGAUCACAUAUAUACAAAUAGGCCUGUCAAUACUUCUGACAAUUUCACUGGUGUUUCAUGUGCUACUUUAGAAUCAUUUUACUCCGACCACAAACCCAUUGUAGCAUAUAUACCUCUGUAA